UAAAAUUUGAAACUCAUUUUAAUUUUAUAAGAUAUCUAGUAAAAUGCCUUCAUGGUGACCUUAAUCUGCAGUCGGGAUCAUUAAAUUAUAUUCACUGUGUGUUGAUAACAUCACAGGAUAGAUAGCUAUUGUUGUUUUGGAACAAUUAACUGAUCCCGUCUGGAGAUGAAGAUAGAGUUCUAAAACAUCAAAGUCAAAGUUUAAGAUUUAUAUCACAUCUAUUGCGUAUUGUUGGCUGGGGAUAAUUUAAUACUGAACUGACCAAUGAAAGGGAAGGGGACCACCCCUCACCUCAAGAGUGCCACUGGACUUUUAGAACAGUUGAGCUUCAGCCACGACUCUGUUAACAUCAUUUUUAGUUGCUCAGCUUAGCUUAAUAAAGUUCUAUAACUACACGAAAUCUUGUUGGUUAUACUGGUGAAGACAAGUGGAAGAUCCCUAUACAACCUCUCAUGAGCCAGCCAAACAAUAACAGGGUGAAUACUAGGAGCGCAGCGGCAGCAGGAAUGGCGAAUGGAAGACAAGAAGAGCCUCUUCCCCAGCAACAAGCCCAAGUGCUUGUUACCUUUCCCACUUUUUUUACCCCAGAUCCCUUUUAUGGGGACGUUGAGGAGGAACCGCAACACUGGCUUGCAAGGUAUGAGGCGUUUGUGGCCAAUCAGCCAGAUAAAACGCAGUAUCUGCCUUUCUUAUUAAAAAAAAGGGCAGAACUAUGGUUUCAAGCUCUACCAGAAAGAGUAAGAAAAGACUUCACCUUAUUUAAAGAAGAAUUUCUAAAUUCUUUUCAACAAACCCAGCAAAUGAAGCUGCAGAAAACUGUUGAACUGUUUCACCAAAAACAGGGGGACGCAGAGACAGCAGUAGAUUUCCUCACAAGGAUGAGGAAACUGGGGAGAAGCACUACAUUAGAUGACAAUAGUCUGAUUUGUGCCUGUAUAAAUGGGCUCAGACCAGAAAUCCGGCCUUUCAUCAUUCAGAAACAAGUUCAGACAAUGGCUGAGCUGCACCAAGCAGCAGCCUUGGUAGAAAUAAGUUUCAAACCUGCAGUAGCAAGUGCAGCUACUGCAGAAGGGAACUUGAUCCAAAGCCUGAUGAAUCGGAUCAACAUUCUAGAAAACAAACAGAAGUCCGUGACUUUUGAACCAGCCCCACGAGGACGACCGAUAAUAAAACAAGGAGAAAGAAGACAUUCCCAGUCGCCUAGAGGAAGGUCACCUGAACGGAGAGAAGAAUGCGGGAGAUGUGGUUCAACUGAAAGCAGUGGCAUAGGUGGAGUUGCUGCAUGGACAAAGUUGAUGAUGAUCAUGCUGAUUUUAGGCUCCAUGUCAGCUGCAGUAGAAGGUGUCAACAAUCAGGUCAUUAAUCGUAUCAAUUAUGGUACGACAUUUCAGGAGAUAGCCAAAAUGCGGAUCAUGACCCACUACUGGUUACAUACUUUUACAUUUAAAUUACCAAAAAUGGAUAUAAAGCCAACCUUUACACGAAAUUGCGAAGGUAGAAUUUCAGAUCAGAUUUGCGGAUUAAUCGUAAAAGCAUCAGGUGAAGCCGAAAGAAUAUUCCAUGAUUCAAAACACCAAUUGGAUGUUCUACAUCGGGAAGUUUCCAAAUUAAUCCCAAGUAUUGAAAACAGAAACAAAAGGUCCCUCUUGCCUGUCAUUGGUGAAAUAGCUGGUAAUUUAUUUGGCGUUGCAACGGAAAAUGAUGUAAAUCGAGUCAUCCAGCAUAUAAAUAAGUUACAAAAACGGCAAAACAUGGCACUUUCCAAUUUUGAAGGAAUUACUCAAAAAUUGUCCUCUGUCAUUACUAUCCAAAAUCAAAGAUUUCACAAUUUUGCAACACAAUUAAAAGAAAACCAUGACAUUGAUAUGAUACUGGGCGGUGACAUUAAAACACUAGAUAGCGAAAUUACAAUAGCAACUCAGUUACUGGUUCAACUACAAAAACAACAAACAAUUUCAAGCAAGCUAAACCUACAAAUACAAAAUACAAAUUUAGGAAUUGAAAACCUGAUUCAUGGAACAUUGUCAUCCAAAAUUAUUCCCCCAUCUGUUAUAACCGCUACCAUCAAAGAAAUUGAAAAACACCUGAAACAGGAAAAUUCAUCUCUGCAUCUGGCCACAACUGAUUUAAAUUAUAUUUAUUCAUAUGCAAAGUACUCCGUUUCUAAACAUGACUCAAAUAUCAUCAUCACUAUGAAAUUCCCUCUGACAUCAGUACCUGAAACUUUUUCAGUUUAUAAAGUUAAUACAUUUGCAAUGCCUAUCAAUGAUAGCACACAUUUUACAACUGAGCUACAAAACGUUCCUGACUUGAUAGCUGUGUCUUUACAAUCUCAAAAACAUAUUCCGUUAUCCUUACAAAAUUUUCAACAAUGCUCAGGAGAUGCAAAGAAAAUUUGUAAACUAGAGGAAAUAACCUUACGACAAGAACCAACAUGUUUAACUGCCUUAAUAUCAGAUCAGAAAUCAAAAAUAAAAAAUCUCUGCAACUUUAGAUUCAUGUCUGAUUUUAUACAACCAAAUCUUGUGUCUUUACACAAUGGACAUAUUUUGGCCAUCAAUGUUACUGCAAUCAAAAUCACCUGUCAAAAUGAUACAUUUACAAUUCCAGGUUGUCACUUUUGUACAAUCCAAAUCCCAUGUGGAUGCUCCUCUGAAAUUCCGACUCACUUCAUUCCCCCAUUGCAAUAUUGCAUUGAAUUUGACUCUACCAAAACAUUAUAUCCUAUCAAUAUGGCUCUUCUUCAACAUUUUUUUAGAGGAAAUGAAGCUUUUGACAAUAUAAAUUCAUCUACUCUUUUUAGUGACGUUCCAAACGUACAAUUACCAGACCUAAAUAUGUUCUCACACAAUUUCUCAAAAUUCAUUGCACAAGAUAAAAAGGAAAGUCUUAAUGUCGAAAAAGUUGCCAAUGCCAUGAGAAACAAAACCAAAAUUUAUAGUAAUCUACUUGAGCCUUAUUUGGAUGGUGAAUUUUCCCUGUCUGAUGAAGUCAGCACAAACUUUUUAUCCUUUCAUAAUAUAUUGAGUGUAGGUGCAGUAGCAUUAUCAGGAUUAUGUUUAAUAAUUACCAUUUGCCUUAGUUACAAAUUAAGAAUGUUACAAAUGGCCAUGUUUUCUGUAAACGCUGUACGAGCAGCACCGACCGCACCAACAUUCAUUUUCACUGAUCAAACGGUUUCUACGUCAACAGUCAGCAACCCAACAACUGAGCAUAAAUUUUCGUUUUUAACCCAGUACUUACAUUUGGCACCAUAUGGAGUAAUAUGCAUUCUAAUCGUGAUGUAUAUCAUAAAAAGGGUCAAAAAUAGCAGAAACUCAACUUAUCUUUAUUUGGAACUUUCAUCACAAGAUUCAUGUGUUACAAUUCCUUUGACGAAAUUGAAAGGUUGCCCUCAUCAAUGGAAAAUUACUGCAACAAAUCUAGUGAAGUCCAUUCGAUUCAGUGACCAUUGUUUACCAACCUUAUUUAUUCACUGGGAUGACAUUCAAAUUAGUCGCAAAAACACAAAUCUUUUAUGUCAUUUGCCUACAAAGUAUUCCAUAAAUCUAUGGAAAAGCACAAAACUGAAACAAGUAUUGAAUAGACCAUAUGAUGCACAAUUUUUACUAAUGCAUAAUAAUUUAACCCAUGCCCUUUCUGUUGAUAGUUAAGAUAUAUAUAUGGAAUGAGAACAAGCAUUUGAAUCUGUGUAUUACGCACCAAAAUGUUGGACAGUCACUGAAUAUCAUGUUUCCACUUAAAGCCCACAUUGUUACCAAUACAGUAGAGAACAGAAGAAAAGACUUCAUAAGUAAAAAAAAAAAAAAAAAAAAA